AUGGGUGUCUGUAGCUCUACCUGUUGCGGAGACCGGUCUCGCGAUGGGCUUUACGAGCCCGUUCUUGCUGAGGUGGAGCAGGAGGCGGUCGCCGACCUCCUUCAGUAUCUUGAAAACCGGGAUGAGACCGAUUUCUUUUCUGGGGAGCCUCUUCGAGCUUUGAGCACCCUUGUCUACUCCGACAACAUCGACCUUCAGCGAAGCGCGAGUCUUACCUUUGCCGAGAUCACCGAGCGAGACGUCCUGGAAGUCGACCGAGAUACCCUAGCCCCCAUCCUCUUCCUUCUCGAUAGCCCCGAUAUCGAAGUCCAGCGCGCGGCUAGCGCGGCUCUCGGAAACCUUGCCGUCAAUCCGGAGAAUAAGGUUUUGAUCGUUCAGCUUGGUGGCUUAACUCCCCUUAUCCGGCAGAUGCUAUCCCCGAAUGUUGAAGUCCAGUGCAAUGCUGUAGGGUGCAUCACGAAUUUAGCUACCCACGAAGCGAACAAGGCGAAGAUUGCUCGUUCUGGUGCUCUUGGUCCUCUUACGCGGCUUGCAAAGUCGCGGGACAUGAGGGUUCAAAGGAAUGCCACGGGAGCCUUGCUGAAUAUGACCCACUCUGGUGAGAACCGGCAGCAGCUCGUGAGCGCUGGAGCGAUUCCUGUCCUCGUCCAUCUUUUGACAUCAUCGGACGUUGACGUGCAAUAUUAUUGCACGACGGCAUUGAGCAACAUUGCGGUCGACGCGAGCAAUCGACAGAAGCUGGCUGCGAGCGAACCGAAACUGGUACAAUCUCUCGUCAAUCUGAUGGAUUCGAACUCUCCGAAAGUCCAGUGCCAGGCGGCACUGGCCCUUAGGAACCUUGCGUCAGACGAGAAGUACCAGCUAGAUAUCGUUCGGUCAAACGGCCUGUUCCCACUUCUAAGACUUCUUCAGUCUUCCUACUUGCCACUUAUCCUCUCUGCUGUUGCCUGCAUCCGGAAUAUCUCAAUCCACCCCCUGAAUGAGUCGCCGAUAAUCGAGGCCGGAUUCCUGAGACCUUUAGUGGAUCUUCUUGGAUCUACAGACAACGAGGAAAUACAGUGCCAUGCGAUAUCAACUUUGAGAAACCUCGCCGCCAGCUCAGACCGCAACAAACGACUUGUGCUCGAAGCUGGCGCGGUGCAAAAGUGCAAACAGCUUGUCCUGGAAGUCCCCUUGAGUGUCCAGUCCGAGAUGACGGCAGCGAUUGCGGUCCUUGCUCUGAGCGACGAGCUUAAGGUUCAUCUUCUCAACCUCGGCGUCUUUGACGUCCUUAUCCCGCUUACGCAUUCCCCGAGCAUUGAAGUCCAAGGUAACAGUGCGGCUGCUCUUGGGAACUUGUCUUCUAAAGUGGGUGAUUAUUCCAUAUUUAUUCGUCAUUGGCCAGAGCCAAAGGGUGGAAUACACGGCUAUCUUAGCCGAUUCCUCCAAAGUGGCGACGCAACAUUCCAGCAUAUCGCAAUUUGGACGCUACUGCAACUUCUUGAGUCUGAAGAUAAGAGCCUCAUUGGCCUUGUCGGGAGGUCUGGGGAUGUCGUGGAUCUCAUCAUGGCAAUCGCCGAACGCACGCCAGAGGGUGACGCCGACUUUGACGAGGACCAGGGCGAAGUGGUGACACUUGCUCAGAGGUGCCUAGAACUUCUCGGUCAGGGGAUGCCCAAAGCGCAUAUUGAGGGUUAG